AUGGUCAUGAUGCGAAUGCAGAACGUGAGUAAGGAACUCAGGGAAUUGUGGGACGCAGAUGCGCCACAGUCCAUGAACGCGGAUGUGCAGGAGGCUCCGGCUCUGGGUGGUGUUCCGGCGGCGCAGGGGAAGGCGCAGACUGCGUGUUGCGUCGUCGAGAGCGGCGCGGACGAAUUCCGGCGAGCUCGCGGUAGUUGGGAGGCGGACCGCGAGAGCGGGGAGCCGCGCUCGCUUGCGCUGUUGCGAGCAUCAACGGUGCCGAUGGUGUGUCGUGCGAGCAGGUGUUAG